AUGUCAACGAGUUCUGCCAAAUCUUCGGCCCCAGCGACCAGAUCAAAUCGUCAGAUAUCGGCACCGGGAUCGGGUCUCUCAGGGCGCCUCCAACCCGGCGCUGAUUCUCCAGGUGUGCCCGUUGAUAGCCCCCUGUUAGUUCCGCCGUUUCCGAGCCCGGACCCACAUUCACUGCAGGUGGACAGUGAUAUCAGCGAGAUGAAGGCGAUGGUUUCUAAACUGUCACAACAAGUCAACACCAAGCUGGAUCUUGUCAUAGAGGAAAUGAAUGCCAUUAAGCGGGACAUUGCUGAAACAAAAAGGUAUGUCACAGAAGUGGAAACUGCAGUCAAUUUCAAUUCGGAAAAAAUACUGAACAUGGAGAAAGAAAUUUUGCCUAAAAUGAAUGAAUCAAUUGAUGACAAGAAUAACGAACUAGAAGAAAAGAUAUUGUCGCUUGAACUUCAUCAAAGGAAACAGAAUCUACUAAUCUAUGGAGUCCCGGAUGUCAAAAACGAAAACAUUUAUUCCACUGUGUGUGAUAUUUUCUGUCAUUUUUGGGGCAUUAAUCGUGAGAAGGCCAGUAUGAUCCCGAUAAUUAACGCCCACCGGUUACCGGCACCUGCACAACGCGGUAACCAGCCCGCCAGCCCCUGCCCCAUCAUCGUACGAUUUUCUCGCAUGGCUGACAGAGACCGCUUGCUGCAAGCUUUCGAGCAACCUCGGCGACUUUCGGGAAAUCAGCACCCUGCCUUACCUGGCCAGUCAGCCCAUCCCGGCCAGUUGGUCCAACCCGCCCGGCCAGGUGAGGCCUCCCAGCCCGGUCAGUCAGCCCAUCUCGGACAAGCCGGACAGCCCGAAGGACCCGCCCAGCCCGGAAUGCCCACCCGACCCGGACAGCCCGCCGUACCCGCCCAGCCCGGACAGCCUGCCGUACCCGCCCAGCCCGCCGUACCCGCCCAUCCCGUACUGCCCGCCGUACCCGCCCAGCCUGGACAGCCCGCCGUACCCGCCCAGCCCAGACAGCCUGGACAGCACGGCCAAUUCGGACAGCCCGCCCAGCCCGGACAGCCCGCCCAACAGAGCUACGUCGAGGUGACAUCGGAAUCUUUGCCCAGCGCCAAUCAACGCUUCAAUCGGGUGACUAUUCGUACUGAUUUACCUGCUAAAAUGAAAAAAGAAAGAGGCCGAUUAGCUUCAUUGGCAUACAAACUCCGCCAUGAAAAGAAACUAGCCACGAGAAUAAGACAGAUUGGAACCAAGAUAUUCUUACAAACUAGGCAAGGCACGGCAAACAGCAGUGUUCAGCCAAAUUGGAUUAACUGGACUGAAUAA